GAGACUGUGCCGUAAAUGCGUUGUCCGGGGCCACCGGCCUCCACUCUGGCGACAGACAUGUCCUCCAUCGAGCAGAAGGAGCUCACACAGACGCCCCUGCUCAAGAUCUGGGUGCCCUGGAUGGGAAGCCAGCUGAGUCGCAGGAGAGGCUCAUCUGUGCCUCAGUUCUGUAACUCCCCCACCAUGCUUGUAAUGGUGGGACUGCCAGCAAGGGGCAAGACCUACAUCUCCAAGAAGCUCACCCGCUACCUCAACUGGAUAGGAGUACCCACAAAAGUCUUCAACCUAGGCCAGUACCGCAGGGAAGCCGUCCAAAGCUACAAGAGUUUUGAGUUCUUCCUACCAGAAAACGAAGAGGCCAUGAGGAUUCGCAACGCAUGUGCUUCUGCGGCUCUGCAAGACCUGACAACGUACUUUUCUAAGGAACAUGGACAAGUAGCCGUGUUUGAUGCCACCAACACCACCAGGGAGAGGAGAAGUGUCCUCGUCAGCUUCGCCAGGGAGAAGGGUUACAAGGUGUUUUUUGUGGAGUCGAUCUGUGAUGACCCGGACAUCAUUGCUGAGAACAUAAAGCAAGUGAAGAUCAGCAGUCCGGACUAUGAAGGUCGUGACAAAGACGAAGCAUUGACGGACUUCCUGCAACGCAUCGAGUGCUACAAGCAGACUUACGUGCCUUUGGACGAUGAGAAGGACAGGCACCUUUCCUACAUCAAGAUCUACAAUGUGGGCAGCAGGUACCUGGUGAACAGAGUCCAGGACCACAUCCAGAGCAGGAUUGUGUACUACCUCAUGAAUAUUCACGUGACCCCGCGCUCCAUCUUCUUGAGCAGGCACGGAGAGAGCGAGCUCAACCUGCUGGGGCGCAUAGGAGGCGACUCGGGCCUCUCGCCCAGGGGUCAAAAUUAUGCAACAGCCUUGGCAGCCUUCAUCAAGGGUCAGAAGGUCAAGGAUCUGAAGGUGUGGACCAGCCAUAUGAAGAGGACCAUUCAGACAGCAGAGGCUUUAGGAGUGCCCUACGAACAGUGGAAGGCCCUCAACGAGAUCGACGCAGGUGUGUGUGAAGAGUUUACCUACGAGGAGAUUCAGGGGAAAUUCCCAGAGGAGUUUGCACUCAGGGACCAGGACAAGUAUCGGUAUCGUUACCCCAAGGGUGAGUCAUAUGAGGACCUGGUCCAUCGCCUGGAGCCGGUGAUUAUGGAGCUGGAGAGGCAGGAGAAUGUGUUGGUGGUGUGUCACCAAGCAAUCAUGCGCUGCCUGCUAGCCUACUUCCUGGACAAACCUGCAGAUAAGUUGCCGUAUCUGAGAUGCCCUCUCCACACUGUCCUCAAACUCACACCAAUAGCAUAUGGAUGUAAAGUGGAAUCCUGUUUCCUGAACGUUGAGGCAGUCAACACACACAGAGAAAGGCCUCCCGUUGUGGAUGUCAAAAGAAAACCAGAAGAUGCACUGACGACUGUUCCUGACCACAUAUGAAGAAUCUGGAAGCUGGACACUAGGACCAUGAAUACAUGAUGUUGUAGCAUUCUAGUUGAAACAUGAGCGUCUGUAUUGGGUUCAUGGCAGGAGGAGCUUAAGGGAAAGGAACGAUAUGGGAUGGUGGCAACCCAAACGCCAGUGAAAGCAGAGUGGCAAAAAAAAAGAAAUUCUACCUCUGUUUGGUAAAUGAGACACAAAAGAAUGGAAUUGUUGACCUCGUAGUGUAAAGGAAAUGUGCCUAAAAUGUGUCAAUGUGACAAUACAAGCCAUUUGAUAAAUCUAAUUGGAGUGGAUUUAUUAAGGACAGUAAUGGGUUCACAAAGCUGUUGAAGAGAAAUACGGAUAUGCAAUCAGAACAUGUGUACGUGAAGUGGAGAUUAUAAAACAAACAUCUGAAAUUGUAAAUGUAACUUUUCAUUGUUUACCACCAAGCAGUGUAGCUUGGAGAUUAAAUGAGUAACUAUCAGCACCAUGGACAGCUCACAAACAAACAAACAUUGUUUGAAAAUAAACUUCAAAAUGACUAUUUGAACAAA